CCCUAUUCGGUUUUCCGUAUAUUACCUACUACUAAAAAAGAACCUAAUCACUUCAAUCUUCAUCUUCGCAACCUACACCUAAAAACUAGAGAAAGAGAAGAGUAAUCAGCCCUUUAGGAAAAGUAAGAAGGUUUCUAAAUGUGAUGUAUGCAAAGGAGUUCAAAAAUAACUCUGGAAAAUAGGAGGGCCAGGUGUACUGAAUAGGAGGGCCAGGUGUACUGAAUAGGAGGGCCAGGUGUACAGAAUAGGAGGGCCAGGUGUUCUGAAUAGGAGGGCCAGUUGUACUGAAUAGGAGGGCCAGGUGUACUGAAUAGGAGGGCCAGGUGAACUGAAUAGGAGGGCCAGGUGUACUGAAUAGGAGGGCCAGGUGUACUGAAUAAAUAACCUUUGAGGUUUCAUGAACAAUUAUCUGCUCUCCAGUCUCCACCUACACCUAGAUGCACAUGAACUUGAAGCUUGGGAUUAAAGACGCUUCUCUUUCUCUUCAAACCAUCUGGUUUCUCCGGGAGUUUCACUCUCUACAGGACAUAGGCAGUCAGGUUCAGUUUACUCAGGAUACUCAGGGAAUACAGGAUAUACCGUAAUCAUCUCGCACCUGCUAUACAUACAACCGGGAGAAACUCAAUACAGAAUGAAAACCCUGUUUACAACACCAAGUUUAUGAAAUGUAAUCAAAAUGAAUUAAAGGCGACGUGAAAUUAAUCUUUAGGAAUAGGAUGUACACUGAGAGAUAGGGGUAUGGGAACCAAUACAGGAGAAAGUAUCAGACUGAACUAACCCAAACUACAAACCAAGUUAAGGGCAGAGAGCUGGUUAGGAUGAGAUGAGGAGUCUGAAAAAUGUUGGGUUUGAGGAGGGAGGUAGAUCAACUCAUCCUGGUUCAAUAAAACAAUCUAAACACGGAGACAAUCCUACUCCGGAACUUAAACCAGACCUAGAGGUAGACUCCGACCCGGAGAAGAACCCAACCAGAAAAAGAAAACAAAUCUUAAAAAUAAUGCUCGGAGCCUUCUUGCUCCUGGGGGUUACAGCAUCAUGCAUCGUGGUGGGAGAAACCUUUCAUGAAAACAAGAUCCAGCUCCAGACCCUCUUUAACAUCUCUAGUCUUGAGUUAGACCCAGAGAACUCUACUGAGUUCUCAGAACCUGUUGAAGAUCUGGAAACACUUCCUGUUCCCCUGUCCAUGCUUCAACCGGAGGCACGGAACUAUGUUGCAUAUAUUCCAGUUCCCCUCAAUGAUGAUGAUGAAGAGGAUAGUGAUGAGGAUGAUGAAUACUAUGACGAUGAUGAUGAUGAGUAUUACGAGUAUGAGGAGGAGGAAGAGGAGAAACCUAAACGUAAAAAAGAAAACAGAAGAAAGAGCAGCAGCAGGAACAAACCUCAAAGAAAACGGUUCCAAGAUAAAGAGGAAGACAAGGAACGUGUUCCCUUCUUGGUUCCUCUCAUGAUGGUUCCAGAAAACCAGGUAGGGGUUCAGAAAGAAUUCUCCUUCAAUAGAGACACACAGUCGUCAUUAAGUGACGAUCUUCUGAGCAAUGUGAUCAAAAACAAUCCAAACAGAAGGUUUCAAACCCCAAAUAUAUACUCGAGCAAGAGAAUACAGCCUGGGCAACAGAGUCCUGUAUUUCCACAAGGAGGACCUGUUCACGACCGUCCUGGCCCCCCCUACAGGGGUCCUGCUCCGCGCAACCCAAGCUUACCCCUGGAUGAUACAAUCAUUCAUCCCUCUAUUCAUCGACCAGUUUACGCUAGACCUCCACGGAGGUUCAACACCAAUUUUAACUACAAUAAUAGAAAUUACAACAACUUCAAUAACAACAACUACAACAACAGACAGAGAUAUAACAAUCUUAUGUUUGAUAAUGAGUUUUCAACAACCAGUACAACACAACCACCUCCAACAACAACUACAACAGUAUCAACUACUACAGAAGAGACAACUAAACGAUCUCCAUCGAUUAUAGUUGUCCAAGCGCACCAACCUGGGAUUGGAUCUCCUUAUGGUUAUAUCAACCCAUAUGGAUAUCAACAGCAACAACCAUAUUACAACUAUCAACCACCACAACCCUAUCCUCCACCACAAUAUGUUAAUCCUUAUAUAACUACAACAACUGCAACCACCACCACAACAACAAUUUCCACAACAACGACGGAGACAACAACCAAGAAGCCAAGAAGAAGAAAAACAAAGAAACCGAAGAUCAUUGAUCCAAUGUUAUCAGAAGGUUCGUUAACUAUAGUUGACAACAAGCUGGUUCCGAUCAAAUCUCCUGAACCUCUUCAAAAAAGGUUUGGACUGGCUAACAAUGACAUGUCUGGUAGAAGGUUCAGUCCGGUCAAUAGAAACUUCCGGGGGGUUAGGAAGUACCCAUCUAGAAAAUAUUCUCGCCCUAGUCCCUACCGACCAUAUCAAAAGGAUAGAUAUCCAGAAUUUCAGCACAAUCGCCGUUAUGAUCUCGAUAUGCCAAACAUCUUUACCCAGAGUGGGAUGGAUUUUGAAUAUGAAGAAAAGCCAAAUAUUAAACGUCCUCCACCUAAGCACCCAGGAGUUCAGCUACCGGGUAUCCGGGUCCCACCAAAUGCAGGCAACAUUCAGGAUAUUAUCAAGCAUCCCCAAUCCUCUCAGGUUAAACGGUACACCACACAGGAUGGAAAGUAUACUCUUAUCAAUGAUUACAGACCUCCACUAGGUCAGGGUGAUUAUAGCCUAAACUCAGGAGGAAGUUACAAACCUGGAAAAUACUCUCAGUCCUAUAAUCAGCCUGGUGAAGGAUAUCCUGAUCCAUAUGAUCCUGGAAAUAUAUUUCUCGCUGAUGAUGUAGGAGAAGAGGAACUUGGAUAUGAUGCUACUCCGCCCCAGUAUCCAGGAGACAGUCAAUAUCAAGAUUAUCAAAAACCGUUUCAAAAUAAUUAUCAACCUUCUUCACAAUAUCAGCCAACACAAACACCAUACCGGCCAACCCCACAUCCUUAUAAUCCACAACCUGCACAAUAUCAACCAACACCACCAACAUAUCAACCUACUCCCCCUCCAUAUCAACCAACUCCCCCUCCUUAUCAACCAACUUCCCCUCCUUAUCAAAAAACUUCCCCUCCUUAUCAACCAACACCACCUCUCUAUCAACCUUCUCCCCCUCCAUAUCAACCAACGUAUUCUACAUAUAAACCAGCACCACCACCCAGUCUACCUGCACAGCCACCAUAUCAACCACCUCCUCCACCCUACACACGUCCAACUCCAAGUCCAUAUCAACCAACGUACUCCCAGGGCGGAGAACCAUAUGCUCCAAGCAAACCUGCGUACAGUCCACCAUCAAGACCUGAGUAUACUGCCCCCAGUAAUCCAUCCUAUGCUGAUCCACCGGCGUUAAGUCCAGCUUACAAUCAGGACUUUCUCACUCCAGAUCCAAACAAAAAAUAUCCAGGUCCUGAGAUUUAUGACAACAACAGCGUUCAGGGUCCAACUCCAGUUACUAGCUAUGAGAAAGGCUCUUCAUUAGGUUAUGACAACUAUGGAUAUGCAGAUAAGAAUGACAAUUUUGCUGAAAUUUACAAGGAUACAGAAAACAAAGGAUCGUCUCAUCCUCCUAACGGCCCUGACUACAGUUCGGCGACUAUUUUACACACGGGUGGUACAGGUCCACUGCCCUACAAGGUUGGGGUAGAUUUAUAUCCGAUGGGAGGAGAAAAUCCUCUAGGAAAGCAUGGGUUGUCCACGAGCUUUAACAGUGAGGAUAAUAAGCAUGAAAUUCUGCUCCAUCUGAACCUCUUCUCUAAGAAACCAACGUCUCUAGGAGGAAGAGCAGAUAAUCUUGAAUUGAGUCAAUCAUUAGGACCCUUCUCCUUCGGAAGAAAUGAAGAAUUGAAGCUGGAUAAGGAGGUUGUAGCUAAAAAUCCUAUUUUUGGAAAUCUCAAUCCCAUAGAUAUUCUCAACCAUCUUUUAGGACAAGGCAAGGCAAGAGAAAUUUCCAAAGAUGAAAAACCUUUGAUAAAAGAUGAGAAGAGAGCCCAGGUACCCCAGGAUAAAGUUCAGAGUGGAUCUAAAAUUCAGUCUGAGAAGGAUCCAGGGUUCAAACACUACUAUACUCCGGGUAGUAUAGUGAAACCUGUAAACCAAUACGUGGAGAAGAAAGAGAGUGAGGAUAAGUUGGACCAAGACGGAGAAUACUCUGAGGAUGAUGAAAUAUACUACGAUGAUGAUGAGGAUGAACCUAGCAAGGAUAAAGAUGAUAAAGAUGAUGAUUACGAGUCUGAUGAAUCAGAUCCUGAAUAUUAUUACUACUACUACUACGACUAUCUAGAUUCAGGGAUAGAUAUAAGUCAUGAAAAGCUUCCAACCCCACAACCCCUGAAUUCGUACAAUUCAACCCUUUCCGAAAAAUAAACUUUGUCAAGUUUUAAUACAUUAGUCAAAGAAGUGCAAUAAUAAUAACGACUUAGAAUAUAAUAAGUUUAUUUAUGCUUUUUUAUUUCUGUCCAAUCAUAUUUACAAUAUUUUUUUCUUCCAUAUAUUGUCUCUGCUUCACCCUGUAUCAGGUUAAUCCUAUUUAAAAAUAUGAUUUGUGCAAUGUGCAUCACUCUGUAAACAUUAACACCCUAUGACAACUCUUCAGUUUUCACAUUUUGUGAUUUUAGCAUAACGCUGUUUCAGAAAUACCAUGAUUAUUUUAUCACCCUGUAAAGUUAAUUUUUACCAAAUACUAAAGAACUAUUAAAUCUGUUUCAGUUUAAAAUUAUAUGCAUCAUAUCAUGCUGGAUAUGAGUCCCAUUUCUGUUUCGUUAAUUCUUUAUUUUGUUUACAUGUUCUAUUUUACUCUAUAUGCUUCCUUUCGUCUUAAUCAGUGCUUAGGUUCCGUCACUUUUUAGGCUCUCAAUUGAAGUGUUUAAUAACAAGAUAUAAGAAAACCUAUCUCAUCACUGAAUGUUAAAUUCAACAAAAGAAGAAAAUAUUUAAAAUUU